AUGAAUAAUGACAAUAACGAUAAUAAUGUAAACUUAUCAAAAUUAAUAUAUAAAGAUAGAAUCGAAAAUCAACAAUCAUUUACAAUUAGAGAGUCAAAUAUAGAAAGAGAUGAUAUAUUUAAAUUAGGAAAAUCACUAUUUAUAUUAUUAAAUGAUACCUCGACUGGUAUUGCAACAAAAUCAAGCAAAAUAACCAAAGUUAGCUUUGAUCAGGAAAACAGAAAUGAUGAUUUAUUAUUUAGUAAUAAUUCAGAUUUAAAAAAAGCAUUAAAUUCAAUUGAUAAAUCCAUAGAAAUUAACCCAAUAGACUCAAUGCUUUCGAUUAUGGAUUCAAUGGUUUCGAAAUUUAAUGAAAUUCAAAUAAAUGACAAUUGGAAGUUUGAUUUAUCUAUAGUACUAUCAAGUAUAUAUACAAUCGGUGAAAAGGAAUACCAAAAUAAUAAUAAUAAUAAUAAUAUCCCAACAUUAAAUAAUAGUAAUAACAAAUCAAUACUAAUAAAAAAGCUAUCAAAUCCUCCUCAAAACUAUUUUAAAAUUUAUAGACUAUUAUCAUAUAUAUUAAAUAAUCAUUCAAAUAUUUUUUAUAAAUCAAUUUAUUAUUUAUUAACUGAUCAAAUAAAUAAUAAUGAUAAUAAUAAUAAUAAUAAUAAUAAUGUAAAUAGCGACAUGACCACUCCAGUUCUCAAUACAGAUAGAGAUAAUUGUUCAAAUAGAAAAGUAAAAAAUGAAUUCAAUAAGGAUGAAAAGAAACAGAUCUUGGGUUUAUUCAGCUUUAUUCAACAAUUUUAUAUUAUAUACAACUUUAAUAAUAUUAAUUCAAGUUUGUUGCUCAACUAUGAUGAGCUAUCUUUAAUAAUUAAUAAAAUUCUACCAUCGAUUACAAUAGGAAUACUAAAUAAAUGUGUCAUUAUAGAUCAAAAAACCGGUAUUAUAUCACCGACUAGACUCACAACCCAAGCCUCAGAUAUACUGGUAUCACUAGUAACUGUAUCAACACUAAACUUACAAAUUCGGUAUAACAGUGAUCCAAAUGAUAAUAAUACAGUGCAUAAAACUUUUGAUUUGUUAAAAUCGCUCAAUCAUAGUUUAGUGGAAUAUUUUAAAGAGAUUAGAAAGUGGUACCAUAAUAAACCUUUAAUGAUUUCUAUAAUAGAUAUAGUAUGCGAAGCCCUUUCAAAAGACUUUUCUGUAAUAAUAAAUAAUUUCAUUUUUAUAAAUCAAAUCAUACCAUUUUUUUAUUACCAAUAUCCAUUAAAUAUUAAAACAUCACUUUUAAAUAAUAUUAUAAAUUCACUACUAAUCAUUUCGAAUCAACCAUCAUCCAUAAAUAUACUUCAAAUUCAAAUAUAUUCUAUUUUAAUCAUUCAAAUAUUUUCAAACCUUUCAGAAAAAUCAUUAAACAACUAUAUUCAAGAAAAUCGAAAUAAACUUUCAAAUAUUAUUUUGUUUUUGAUGAAUAUCAAAGAUGAAAAAAGUAUCUUUACCUUAAAAAAAUGCAGCUCAAAGCUUUUAGAGAUAGUCUACAAAAUAAAUUUAGAAAAUAUAGAUAGCAGCAACCAAGAUGACCACUAUUGUAUAGAAUUAAUUAAAAACGAAAACUUAAUCGAAAAACCAACCCUAUUAGAAUUUGUAAUAAGCCUAUUUAAAAAAUCACCACCCACCUCAUUAAUAGAUCUUUUAAAAAAAUAUAAAGCCAAUGUAAAUAUAAUAAAUAAUAUAAUUGUAGUUUUAGAUUCUCUAUGUCAAGAUAACCCAGAACUUGCAUCAGCAUCAUUAUAUGAAGAUAUUUUAAAUAUUUUAUUACCUCCAAUCAAAGAAAUAUCAUCCACCCACUCUUUACCUUUUCAAUGCUUUUCAGUUUUAUUAAAUAAUUUCGAUCCAUCAGUUAUUUUACCAAGAGUCCUCCCCUACUUUUUUUCAAACACCCCAGAAAUUUCAAAUGAAUUUUUAAGUAACUUCACCAGGUGGAUAUUAGACUCGAUCGAAACAAAUGGCGACUCUCCUAAAGAGGCCAAAAGAUCUACCCCAGAGCCAUCUUUAGAAUUUAAAUUUGAAGUUUUAUUAGAAAUAAUAUUGGAUUGCUAUUCAAAACCUUCAAAAAAUAAUGUAUCAUAUAAUAACCCAACAGACCUGUAUAACCAUGACAUUGAUGAAAACAACGAUAAUAAUAAUAGUAACAAUAACAUCAGUCCCACAUACUCCUAUGAAAUAAUAGUAGAUAAAACCAUAACCCAAAUAGGUAAAAAGAUAUCAGAAGUUAAAGAAAAUGAAUCAAGGUUCAACUAUUGGAAAACCGUAUUAAACAUACUUGAGAUCAAAAGCUUCUCAAACCCAAAGAAUUCGGUACUAUCAAAAAUUCUACCAAAACUAAUCAAAUUUAUAGAUAAGCCAUAUAUUAUAAGUAUUAUUAUUUCAAGUGUUAAUGAAAAAUUAAAAACUCAAAAUCCUAUAUUAAUUGGGAAUGUUGGUGGCGAUACUUUAAAUGGCGAAGAUGUAUUUAAAUUUUUAUCACCACUUUUGAUGCUAACAAUAUCCAUCAAAGAAGUUGUAUCCGAACUUAAAGAAUUUACCCAGCAAUCAACCGAAAACGAUAUCCUAAUAGCAGAGCUGGUAGAUAAUUUAAUUAAAAGAAUUAAUUUAACUGGUUUGCUUUUAGAAAUUAGAAGACUAGCAUCCGAUUGUUGUAGCUAUACCCCGCCUAGCUAUUGGUCAGGUCCAAUGUCAAACUCACUCACCAAGCAAUACCAACUCUAUAGUAGCAAUAGCAAUAGCAAUAGCCAAGACCAUGGCAUGGUUGCCCAUUCGUCAUUGCAAUUUAUAAAACUAAUAUUAUUUUGUUAUUGUAAUGGCUAUCUGAUUCAUGGAUCGAGUGAAAGCAAUAAUGCAGAUAAUAAAGACAGCAUACCAUUUAAAAACAGUAAACAACUAUUGAAUCUUUUCGAUUUAAUUCUAUUCAAAUACAGCGACACAUCAAAAGAGUUGGCAAAUGCAACACCAGAUUCAGAGAUUGGAAAACUAUUAAUGGCCGUAGGGGAUUGUAUUUCUUUUAUGGUUAAAUCCAGCAUUAAGCAAGGCGUAUCAACAAUUGCCUCAAGCUCAACAAUAUCUUUAACUGUCGAAAAAUUAAAGAACCAACCAUCAAUGAAUUUACUGGGUAAAAUCAAUUCAAUGGAUGACUUAGUACCAACUAUAUUCAGAAUUAUAUUAUUGACAAACUCAAUGCAAAAAGAAAAAAGAACAAUCGAAAACAGUGCAACCGAACUAGACUACUACUAUUCAAAGAGAUCAAAAAUUGUAUUAUUAAAUAGCUUUGUUACACUAAUUAAACUUUUGGAUAAUAAUGAAAAUGAAUAUUUUACAAAACAAAUUACCUUGUUGCUCAUCAGAACCCAAUUCAUCGAAAAUAGCAAUAUAAUCGACGUUAGAUUAAAGAUAGGUUCCAUUCAGGUUUUAUUUAGCUUAUUCUUUAAAUUAGAAGAAGACUCCACUUCUUUGAAAAUGUACUCUGAAAAUGUGUUAGAUUUAUGCAAAGAUAUACUUGGCGGAAGUACAGAUUCUGCCUCAACACCACCACCGCAACUUAAACUGGCAUCACUAAGACUUUUAGGUGUAUUAAUGAAAUAUCCAAAAACUAUAUUUUCAUCCUCCUCAAAUCUAAAAGAAAUAACAUAUCUUUUAACACUACUGUCAACCGAUAACGAUAAAGAGAUUAAAUCUUUAUCCCUAAAUCUUUUAAAUUUAUUAAAUACAAAUAAAAAAUAA